UAUAACUCCGGCACCCUCAACCUCACCCUCACCGACUUCUUCUGCCUUAUCAUCCUGAACAUGUUCCCAAAAGUGCACGCCCUUGCCGAAACUACCAUGAUUGCCAUUUCCCUUACGGAGCUUUGCGCAGACCUCGCUGAUACGGAGGAGAUAGGCGCGGCUAGGAUUCGUGUAAUCGGGUUGGAAGAGAAGGCGGACCCGUUCAUUCGGAAGCAGAAGCCAGAGGUAGACGAGAGAGAAGAGGAAAUCAGCAAGGGCUAA